AUGACUGACACAUUUACAGAAGAAGCGAAGAGAUACAUUUCCCGUGGAGGAUCUUGCAUUGUUGGUCCCCUAGGCGAGGUCCUCGCAGGCCCUAUCUGGGAGACAUCUCUCGAUGAUGCGCUCAACGGAUCAGGUAUCAGUGAGGACUCUGAGAAGGAUGGCUUGUUGAUCCACGAGAUUGACGUGGAAGAUUGUCAACGUGCCAAACUUGAUAUGGAUGUCACGGGACACUAUUCAAGAGACGACUCCUUCAAGUUGACCGUCGCAGGGCUGGAUCUGAACCCCCCCGCCUUUUUGAGCGAAACAGGAUAG